UCAUUGCGACUUUAAAUAUUUCGGGAAAAUUUACAAAAUGAAAGUGGUUGUAGUGACUCUGUUGGCGGUCGCCACUGUUACUUUCGCUAAGUCUAUCGAAGGUGGCAUUCCUGAUGCUUAUGGAUACCUUACGAAAGUAGGGAUUCCAUUAGGGGAGAAGAUCCGUAAAGCUGAAGAGGCAAUACUACAGCAUCCCUCCAGAAUCAUUAAUGGAUCGCUUGCUGCUUCUGGGCAAAUUCCUUACCAAGCCGGUCUCAUCACUGAAAUCGUCGGGAUCACAGGCAGAGGUGUAUGCGGUGGCUCCCUUGUGUCAGCCAACAGAGUGAUCACCGCCGCUCACUGCUGGUUCGACGGCAUCCACCAAGGAUGGAGAGUCACAGUUGUGCUCGGCUCAGUGCUACUUUUCAGCGGAGGCACCAGGAUCGAGUCCGAAACAGUGGUUACACACCCCGACUGGAACCCUUCUCUCAUUCGAAACGACGUUGGUGUUAUUUACUUGCCUACUAGCGUUGAACUCUCAGACACAAUCAACACAAUUGCUCUACCUUCUGGAGCGGAACUGAACCAGAAUUUUGUAGGCGUUACUGCUAUAGCUUCGGGAUUUGGUAUAACUAGAGAUAACGGCAACAUCGCUGAAACACAAAGUUUGAGCUACGUCGAACUGGAAGUCAUCACAAAUACUGUCUGCUUUGUGGCAUUCCCCGUUAUUGUCCAGUCAAGUAACAUCUGUACUAGCGGCGUUGUUGGCAGCACUUGCAGCGGCGACUCAGGUGGUCCUCUAGUCGUCAAUAGCAACGGCAGACCUAUUCUGAUUGGUAUAACAUCAUUUGGUUCAGCUUUCGGCUGCGAGGUCGGUUUUCCAGCUGCGUUUGCAAGAGUCACUUCCUUUGUGGAUUUCUUCAAUGAUAAUAUAUAAAAAGAAAUUUAUUUUUUAAUGAAAACUGUGAAAUAAAGAAUCUUUUAUUUAUUAACCCACUUCAAAAAAGAAUUUUCUCAAUUUG